AUGCUCGCUGAAGACGUGCCGAGCCAAAAGGACCUGAAAUAUCUGCGGAAAAAGCGACCUCUAUUGAUACAAGGCCUCACAAAGACGAUCGUCGGGCUCAUCGACAGAAAUAAUAUGAUACUCGGCUUCGUGGGCCGACAGGACAAAAUCUUGGCACCCAUAAGUGAUCACUCCACGGCGAAAUACUAUCAAUACAAGCUGACCGUCGUCUACUAUGCGAUACUCUUAGCGAUGUACGCCGGCGAGACGCGAGUUGUUGUAAAGACUGAUGACGAGGUGGUUUGCGGGGCUUGUUGCGCGCGGCAGAAAAAGGCGGACAAGGAGUGCAAACGGAAGUUCUGCGACUUUAACGGGAUCAGCCAGCAAAAUGUGCUUCACUACCUAAACACUUGCUCCCCCCGCGGCGAGACCGUGGCGUCGAUGUGGGACUGCGCGUCGAGCCGCGUGGAUCAUACGGAAUGUUGCAAGAGGAGAAGCGUCGUCCCGGGCUGCAUGGCAUUUUGCAACACGACCUACGGCGUCCCGGCGGAUUAUAUGAACUAUCUGUUUUGCUUGCAAAAUUUUAACGAUAUUCGUGACUGCUUCCGGGGCCACCUGGAGCGGAACCCGAAUAUUUAUGGUGAUACU